AUGGUUGGGAUCAUGGUUGACAGCAUGAUAAUGCUGACUAUUCCGAGAACCAUGUUGAUGGAAUGGAACAUUGCCCUUAAUGCUAACAUCAGAGCUAAUCCAGGCAUGUACAAUGGCGUUCGACCUGCGGGAUAUUUAAACGAUGAGAAGAAGGACCUACCACUCUCGGAGGAUGACGGUUUCACAACGUUCGCCAAAAGUAAUCCAAGCUCAAAGAACAAGAAGAACCAAGAAUCCAAUUUGAAGAUCAGCAUUUGGCUUGAUCUGGUCGUUGAAGUCGAUAUCAAGAUCAAGGCACAUCUAUAUAGUGAUAUUGUGAUAAGUUUGCUUCAAGUCGCUGGGAUGACCAUCCACGGCUAA